AGAGAGCCGCCGCCCCCUCCAUGGGUCUCCAUGGCAACCACCACCUGUACGCCCCCCACCACCACAUUCCCAGUCUGGCCAUGGACCAGCCCCUCGCCCUGACUAAAAACAACAUGGACGCCGCCCGCACCCUCCCCAUCUCGCCAACCGCCGUCAGUCCUGUGGAACGCCAGCAGGUAGAGAGAGAGACACACACAUACACACACACACACACACACACACAGUCUUUCAAAGCUCAGAACAUGCAGGUAAAAAGUGGUCUUCAAACCACAUGCUAAGUCCAAACGUGUGUGUGUGUGUGUGUGUGUUUAGAAUCGUCCGUCAGUGAUAACGUGCGCUCCAGCCAACAACCGUAACUGUAACCUGUCUCAAUGCCCUGUGUCUCACAACGGCUGUUCCAGCAACCUCCCUAGCAACUACAGCAGGAGACCAGCCAGCAACUGUAAGUACUAUACCACAAUAUAUGAUAUAAUACUAUAUUAUACACAUUGUAUGUACAUAUAUGCUGUAAGUACUAUACCACAAUAUAUGAUAUAAUACUAUGUAUACACAUUGUAUGUACAUAUAUGCUGUAAGUACUAUACCACAAUAUAUGAUAUAAUACUAUAUUAUACACAUUGUAUGUACAUAUAUGCUGUAAGUACUAUACCACAAUAUAUGAUAUAAUACUUUAUUAUACACAUUGUAUGUACAUAUAUGCUGUAAGUACUAUACCACAAUAUAUGAUAUAAUACUAUAUUAUACACAUUGUAUGUACAUAUAUGCUGUAAGUACUAUACCACAAUAUAUGAUAUAAUACUAUAUUAUACACAUUGUAUGUACAUAUAUGCUGUAAGUACUAUACCACAAUAUAUUAUAUAAUACUAUAUUAUACACAUUGUAUGUACAUAUAUGCUGUAAGUAGCAUACUAUAGUUCCAUAUUAUACCAUACUAUUACCAGUACAGUACUACAGGAGACCUUGCCAACAAAAAAUACCGUUAUUAUUCAACACAACAAUAUGUGCUCAACAAGUUAUCCUCAGUGGUACACAUACAUGAUCUAAUAGUUGUUGGAAAGUCAUUAUGUAUAGACCAGUAGGAUGGGACUAUUGUAAUGUAGACCAGUAGAAUGGGACUAUUGUAAUGUAGACCAGUAGAAUGGGACUAUUGUAGUGUAGACCAGUAGAAUGGGACUAUUGUAAUGUAGACCAGUAGAAUGGGACUAUUGUAAUGUAGACCAGUAGAAUGGGACUAUUGUAGUGUAGACCAGUAGGAUGGGACUAUUGUAAUGUAGACCAGUAGAAUGGGACUAUUGUAAUGUAGACCAGUAGAAUGGGACUAUUGUAAUGUAACCAGUAGAAUGGGACUAUUGUAGUGUAGACCAGUAGAAUGGGACUAUUGUAAUGUAAACCAGUAGAGUGGGACUAUUGUAGUGUAGACCAAUAGAAUGGGACUGUUGUAGUGUAGACCAGUAGAAUGGGACUAUUGCAAUGUAGACCAGUAGAAUGGGACUAUUGUAGUGUAGACCAGUAGAAUGGGACUAUUGUAAUGUAGACCAGUAGAAUGGGACUAUUGUAAUGUAGACCAGUAGAAUGGGACUAUUGUAGUGUAGACCAGUAGAAUGGGACUAUUGUAAUGUAGACCAGUAGAAUGGGACUAUUGUCGUGUAGACCAGUAGAAUGGGACUAUUGUCAGUAGACCAGUAGAAUGGGACUAUUGUAAUGUAGACCGGUAGAGUGGGACUAUUGUAGUGUAGACCAGUAGAAUGGGACUAUUGUAGUGUAUACCAGUAGAAUGGGACUAUUGUAAUGUAGACCAGUAGAAUGGGACUAUUGUCGUGUAGACCUAUAUAAUGGGAAUAUUGCAGUGUAGACAAGUAGAAUGGGACUAUUGCAAUGUAGACCAGUAGAAUGGGACUAUUGUAGUGUAGACCAGUAGAAUGGGACUAUUGUUGUGUAGACCAGUAGAAUGGGACUAUUGUAGUGUAGACCAGUAGAAUGGGACUAUUGUAAUGUAGACCAGUAGAAUGGGACUAUUGUAAUGUAGACCUGUAGAAUGGGACUAUUGUAAUGUAGACCAGUAGAAUGGGACUAUUGUAAUGUAGAACCAGUAGAAUGGGACUAUUGUCGUGUAGACCAGUAGAAUGGGACUAUUGUCAUGUAGACCAGUAGAAUGUGACUAUUGUCAUGUAGACCAGUAGAAUGGGACUAUUGUAGUGUAGACCAGUAGAAUGGGACUAUUGUAGUGUAGACCAGUAGAAUGGUACUAAUGUAUGUAGACCAUAGAAUGGGACUAUUGUAGUGUAGACCAUAGAGUGGGACUAUUGUAAUGUAGACCAGUAGAAUGGGACUAUUGUAAUGUAGACCAGUAGAAUGGGACUAUUGUCGUGUAGACCUAUAUAAUGGGAAUAUUGCAGUGUAGACAAGUAGAAUGGGACUAUUGUAGUGUAGACCAGUAGAAUGGGACUAUUGUUGUGUAGACCAGUAGAAUGGGACUAUUGUAUGUAGACCAUAGAAUGGGACUAUUGUUGUAGACCGUAGAAGGGACUAUUGUAAUGUAGACCGUAGAAUGGGUACUAUUGUAAUGUAGACCAGUAGAAUGGGACAUUGUCGUGUAGACCUAUAUAAUGGGAAUUUGCAGUGUAGACCAAAUAGAAUGGGACUAUUGAAUGUAGACCAGAAUGGGACUAUUGUUUGUAGACCGAAAAAUAUGGGAAUAAAAGGCAUGUGGAGACCAGUAGAAUGGGACAUUGAAUGUAGACCAGUAGAAUGGGACUAUUAAUGUGACCAGUAGAAUGGGACUAUUGUAAUGUGACCAGUAGAAUGGGACUAUUGUAGUGUAGACCCAGUAAAUGGGACUAUUGUAAUGUAGACCAGUAGAAUGGGACUAUUGUGUGUGAAUUAAAGACAGUAGUAAUGGGACUAUUUGCAAAUGUAGACAGUAGAAUGGACUAUGUAGUGUAGACCAGUAGAAUGGGAUAUUGUAAUGUAGAAAGCAGAAGGAUAUUGGGAGUGUAGACCAGUAAAGGGACUAUGUAAUGUAGACCAGUAGAAUGGGACUAUUGGUCGUGAGACCAGGGAGAAUGGGAACUAUUGUAAUUGUAGACCAGUAGAAUGGGACUAUUGUAAUGUAGACCCGUAGAUUGGACUAUUGUAGUGUAGACCGUAGAAUGGGACUAUUGUUGUAGACCAUAAUGGAAUAUUGUAUGUAGACCAGUAGAAUGGGACUUUGUAAUUUUAGACCAGUAGAAGGGACUAUUGUGUGUAGACCAGUAGAAUGGGACAUUUUAGUGUAGACCAGUAGAAUGGGACAUUGUAGUGUAGACAGUAGAAUGGGAAAUAUUGAAAGUGACCAGUAGAAUGGGACUAUGUGUUAGACCAGUAGAAUGGGAUAUUGUAAAUGUAACAGUAGAAUGGGACUAUUGUAGUGUAGACCAGUAGAAUGGGACUAUUGUAAGUAGACCAGUAGAAUGGGACUAUUGUAUGUAGACCAGUAGAAGGGAAAUAUUGUAAUGAGACCAGUAGAAAUGGGACUAUGUAUGUACGGAAGGGAAUUGUAGUUGACCAGUAGAAUGGGACUAUUUUAAUGGACCAGUAAAUGGGACUAUUGUAAUUGUGACCAUAGAAUGGGACUAUUGUAUGUAGACCAGUAGAAUGGGGCUAUUGUAAUGUAGACCAUAAAUGGGACUAUUGUAAGUGUAGACCAUAGAAUGGGACUAUUGUUAGUGUAGACCAUUUGAAGGGACUAUUGUAUGUAGACCAGUAGAAUGGGACUAUUUUAAAAGUAAGCCAGUAGAAGGGACUAUUGGAGUGUGACAGUAGAAUGGGACUAUUGUAUGUAGACCAUAGAAUGGGAACUAUUGUAUGUGACCAGUAGAUGGGACUAUUGUAUGUUUGACCAGUAGAAUGGGACUAUUGUAGUGUAGACCAGUUUGAAUGGGACUAUUGUCAACUGUAGACCAGUAGAAGGGACUAUUGUAAUGUAGACAGUAUGACAAAUUUGGGGCUAUUGUACUGUUAUGUACUUUCAGUAGAAUGGGGCUAUUGUAUUGUAGACCAGUAGAAUGGGACUAUUGUAAUGUAGACCAGUAGAAUGGGACUAAAUUGUAAUGUAGACCAGUAGAAUGGGACUAUUGUAUGUAGACCAGUAGAAUGGGACUAUUGUAGUGUAGACCAGUAGAAUGGGACUAUUGUAUGUAGACCAGUUUGAAUGGGACUAUUGUGGUUUGACCAUAGAAUGGGACUAUUGUAGUGUAGACCAGUAAAUGGGACUAUUGUAAUGUAGACCAGUAGAAUGGACUAUUGUAAUGUAGACCAGUAGAAUGGGACUAUUGUAGUGUACCAGUAGAAUGGGACUAUUGUAGUGUAGACCAGUAGAAUGGGACUAUUUUAAUGUGACAGUAAAUGGGACUAUUUAUGUAGACCCCGUAGAAUGGGGGCUAUUGUAAUGUAGACCCGUAGAAUGGGACUAUUGUAAUGUAACAGAGAAUGGGACAUUGUAUGUAGACCAGUAGAAUGGGACUAUGUAGUGUAGACCAGUAGAAUGGGACUAUUGUAAUGUGCCAGUAGAAAGGGACUAUUGUAUGUAGACCCCGUAGAAUGGGACAUUGUAAUGUAGACCAGUAGAAUGGGACUUUGUAGUGUAGACCGUAGAAUGGGACUUUGUAGGUGUAGCCAGUAAAUGGGGCUAUUGUAUGUAGACCCAAAUGAAUGGGACUAUUGUAUGUAGACCAGUUUGAAUGGGACUAUUUUGUAACCAGUAGAAUGGGACUAUUGUAAUGUUUGACCAUAGAAUGGGACUAUUGUAAUGUAGACCAUUUGAAUGGGACUUUUGUUUUAGACCAGUAGAAUGGGACUAUUGUAGUGUAGAACCCGUAGAAUGGGACUAUUGUAAUGUAAACCCGUAGAAUGGGACUAUUGUAAUGUAGACCAGUAGAAUGGGGCAUUGUAAUGUAGACCAGUAGAAAGGGACUAUUGUAAUGUAGACCAGUAGAAUGGGACUAUUUUAUGUAGACCAGUAGAAUGGGACUAUGUAAUGUAGACCAGUAGAAUGGGACAUUGUAAUGUAGACCAAGUAAAUGGGACAUUGUAUGUAGACCAGUAGAAUGGGACUAUUGUAUGUAGACCAGUAGAAUGGGACAUUUUUGUAGACCAGUAGAAUGGGAUAUUGUAUGUAGACCAGUAGAAUGGGACAUUGUAAUGUAGACCAGUAAAUGGGACUAUUGUAGUGUAGACCAGUAGAAUGGGACUAUUGUAAUGUAGACCAUAGAAUGGGACUAUGUAAUUUUAGACCAGUAAAUGGGGGCUAUUGUAUGUAGACCAGUAGAAUGGGACUAUUGUAAUGUAGACCAGUAGAAUGGACUAUUGUAGUGUAGACCAGUAGAAUGGGACUAUUGUUUGUGUAGAACCAGUAGAAGGGACUAUUGUAAUGUAGACCAGGUAGAAUGGGACUAUGUAAUGUUUGAAACCCGUAGAAUGGGACUAUUGGGUGUAGACCAGUAGAAUGGACUAUUGUAGUGGUAGACCAUAGAUGGGACUAUUAAUGGAACAGUAAAUGGGACUAUUGUAUUAGACCAUAGAAUGGACUAUUGUAAUGUAGACCAGAGAAUGGGGCUAUUGUAAUGUAGACCCGUAGAAUGGGGCUAUUGUAAUUAGACCAGUAAAUGGGACUAUUGUAAUUUUAGACCGUAGAAUGGGACUAUUGUAUGUAGACCAGUAGAAUGGGACUAUUGUAUGUAGACCAGUAGAAUGGACUAUUGUGGGGUAGACCAGUAGAAGGGACUAUUGUGGUAACAGUAGAAUGGGACUAUUGUAGUGUAGACCAGUAGAAUGGGACUAUUGUAAUGUAGACCGUAGAAUGGGACUAUUUUAUGUAACCAGUAAAUGGGACUAUUGAUGUAGACCAGUAGAAUGGGACUAUUGUAAUGUAGACCAGUAGAAUGGGACUAUUGUAUGUGACCAGUAGAAUGGGACUAUUGUAAUUUAGACAGUAGAAUGGGACUAUUGUAGUGUAGACCAGUAGAAUGGGACUAUUGUAAUUUAGACCAGUAGAAUGGAUUGUACUUAAAUUUUUAGUGUAGCCAGUAGAAUGGGACUAUUGUAAAUAGAAUGGACUAGUAAUGGGAACUAUUGUAUUAGACCAGUAGAAUGGGACUAUUGUAGUGUAGACCAUUAGAAUGGGACUAUUGUAUGUGACGUAGAAUGGGACUAUUGAAUGUAACCAGUAGAAGGGGCUAUGUAUGUAGACCAGAGAAUGGACUAUUGAUGUAGACCAGUAGAAUGGGACUAUUGCAGUGUAGACCAGUAGAAUGGGACUAUUGUAGUGUAGACCCGUAAUGGGACUAUUGUAAUUAGACCAGUAGAAUGGGACUAUUUUAGUGUAGACCAGUAGAAUGGGGACUAUUUUAUGUAGACCAGUUUGAAUGGGACUUUGCAUGUAGACCAGUAAAUGGGACUAUUGUAAUGUAGACCAGUAGAUGGGGCUAUUGUAUGUAGACCAGGAAAAAUGGGACUAUUGUAAUUAGACCAGUAGAAAGGGACUAUUGUAUGUAGACCAGUAGAAUGGGACUAUUGUCAUGUAGACCAGUAGAAUGGGACUAUUGUAGUGUAGACCAGUAGAAUGGGACUAUUGUAGUGUAGACCAGUAGAAUGGGACUAUUGUAGUGUAGACCAGUAGAAUGGGACUAUUGUAUGUAGACCAGUAGAAUGGGACUAUGUAUGUUAGACCAGUAGAAUGGGACUAUUGUAUUUUAGACCAGUAGAAUGGGACUAUUGUAAAGUAGACCAGUAGAAUGGGACUAUUUAGUGUAGACCAGUAGAAUGGGACUAUUGUAAAGUAGACCAGUAGAAUGGGACUAUUGAGGUGUAGACCAAAAGGGAGAAUUGGGACUAUUGUAGUGUAGACCAGUAGAAUGGGACUAUUGUAAUGUUUGACCAGUAGAAUGGGACUAUUGUAUGUAGACAUGGGGCAUUGUAGUGUGGGCCCGUAGAUGGAUAUUGGUAGACCAGUAGAAUGGGACUAUUGUAAUGUAGACCCGUAGAAUGGGACUAUUUUCAUGUAGACCAGUAGAAUGGGACUAUUGUAUGUAGACCAGUAGAAUGGGACUAUUGAGUGUAGACCAGUUUGAAUGGGGGCUAUUGUCAUUUUAGACCUUUAGAAAUGGGAUAUUUAUGUAGACCAGUAGAAUUGGUAUUUUAUUAGACCAUUAGAAUGGGACUAGUGUAUGUGCAGUAGAAUGGACUAUUGGUCAUGUAGACCCAUUUGAAUGGACUAUUGUAGUGUAGACAGUAGAAUGGGACUAUUGUUAGUGUAAAACCAGUAGAAUGGGACUAUUGAGUAAGACCGUAGAAUGGGACUAUUGUAAUUAACCAUUGAAUGGGACAUUGUAUUUAGACCAUAAAUGGGACUAUUGUAUGUAGCCAUAGAUGGGGACUAUUGAUGUAGACCAGAGAUGGGACUAUUUGUAACCGAAUGGACUAUUGUUUAAAAAACCGUAAGGGACAUUGUAUGUAGACCAAAUGGACUAUUGUUUAGACCCUAAAAAUGGGACUAGUCUGUACCAGAAAUGGCUAUUGAGAGACCCUUAAAUGACUAUGAUUAGCCCUGGAAAAAAACUAUUUUGUGGACUAGUUAGAGGGAAAUAUAUUGUAGACUUAAAUGGACUAAGGAAAGAGAAGGAGAAUGGGACCCAUUUAGGAAACAGAAAAUGGACUAUUAUGUAAGUAGAAUAAUUUUAGAAUGGGACUAAUUUUGGGAGACCAUAGAAACUUUCAGACAGGAAUGGUGGUAUGACGGGAGUGCUGGUAUGGAACUAUUCUACAGGUAGGGCUGGUCCAUAUGGGUUUACUUUUUUAGCCAAUAGGUACUAUUGUUAAAAGCGAAAUGGGAAAGAAGCAAAAGAUAGAUAAAACCGUUAGAGGACAAGAAAAAGGGCUUUAUGGAUAAAUCAUUUUGAAAAUACUAAAAGAACUAUAUGGGGAAAAUUUUUAAAAAGGAAUUUUGGGUGCUAGAAAGGACUAUCAUGUAACCGUUAAUGACAUAAGAUGACUAGAGACAUCAGGAUAAAUUUUUGUGGCAUAGAAUGACUAGGGACCAAGUAAAUCCCAUUUAGAAAAAUGAAUGGAGAGGACCAUAGGAUAUAACGUAGAUGGACAUGAAGCUAAGGACUAUUGGAUAACCGUUUUGAUGGAAUAGAAAAGACUAGAGGGACUCAUCAUGGAUAACUCCUGUUUUAGCAUGGACAUAGAGUAGCGAUAAAUAGAGGACUCAUCAUAGAUAUAACCUGUUUUAGCAUGGACAUAGAGUAGCGAUAAAUAGAGGACUCAUCAUAGAUAUAACCUGUUUUAGCAUGGACAUUGCCAUCGAGGGCUUCCACCAUUUUAAAGUAGUCAACCGGGUGGGGAUUCCUAUGUAUUGGGAGCGAUCUGCCAAUGAACAGAGCAUUGUCUUCUUCAAAAUGGGUUGCAAAUGGCUUUAAGCUAUAUCACCACCAUCUAGUGGCCACAAUAUUUAUUUCAGGGCUCCAGCCCUGCAGGUGGCAGUAAAUCACCAAUAUAAGCUUUAUGCUUUUUUCCAAACAACACAAAGGAACAAGAAAAUUGACUACAUUAAAGUGGAUAUAGUCUCAAUGACGCUACCUAUGCUGUCAGACGCCAAACGGCACAAAGAUCCAAAAAGGACACCUCUGUCUAACUCUUAUGGUUCGUCCAGGGAAAACCCCCAGACUGGACUGUUACACGGCCAGUCAUUAUGAAACACGCAGGAGUCUCUCUGACAGCAGGCUGGUUUACCGUGUUCCGUCUUCUGUCAUCUCAAGCUGGUGAGAUCAUGUGUUCAGUCUUCUUCUGGUCCACUGUAGCUCAGCUGGUGUAGAGCACGGCGCUUGUAACGCCAAGGUAGUGGGUUCGAUCCCCGGGACCACCCGUACACAAAAAAUGUAUGCACGCAUGACUGUAAGUCGCUUUGGAUAAAAGCGUCUGCUAAAUGGCUUAUUAUUAUUAUUAUUAUUAUUAUUAUUAUUAUUAUUAUUAUUCUGUCUGAUGUGUCAAUAUAUUUAUAGCCCUGUCUCUCUGUAGAUUUUAAUGAACUAGUGUCUGUCCAGUUUGCUUAUUCCUCCUCUCCCCUCACAUAAAACUGAAAUGUCCUCUCUUCUCUCCCCCUCUCUUCUCUCCCUCUCUCUUCCAGCCAACACGGUGUGUGUGGACCCGGUGAUCGAGGAGCAUUUCCGUCGCAGCCUGGGGAGGAACUACAAGCAGCCGGAACCCGUCACUAACUCUGUGUCCAUCACCGGCUCUGUGGACGACCACUUCACCAAGGCCUUAGGAGAGACCUGGCUGCAGAUCAAAGCCAAAGGAAGCUCCUCCUCUUCCCCUGACUCCUCUCCCAACAGUCACAUGGUCAACCACAACCACUCCCCCUCGGUUGUGUCC